GAGAGAGAGAGAGAGAGAGAGAGAGAGAGAGAGAGAGAGAGAGAGAGAGAGAGAGACGAAUUUCUCCAGUGGUGCACCACGGGGAAGUCAGCGCAUUCAACCUGCCCAGCGCGUCUCUCUGAGCGCACACACCGUCCUCUCUCCACAUCCAUCCCCGAGCAGCCUCACUGCAGAGGACCACGGAGAGCCGGUGCGGAGGAGCUGUGGAGAAGAAGAAGAGGAGGAGGGAGGAGGUGAUCGCUGUGAGGGUUUGAGCCUGUCAGCAGCCUCUCCUCAGGCCUGGACUAUCUAAAAACAACAAGCAGCUAACUUUCCCAACGCGACAUCUGUUGCUGGUCCUGCCGCUCCGAUCCGCUCCAGUCCCAGUGUCAUGGCCUUUACCCUGUCAGAGAUCAUGGCAGCGAGACGGCAGCAAUCGCAAGCUCAGGCGCAAGCCCAGCGAGGCAACAGGACAGCGGUGGAGGUAGACGAAUAUAGCACCAACCCCACUCAGGCCUUCACCUUCUACAACAUCAACCAGGGACGCUUCCAGCCACCACACGUCCACAUGGUGGACCCGAUGCCCCACGACACGCCCAAGCCGCCGGGCUACACCCGCUUUGUGUGCAUCUCGGACACUCACUCCCGCACCGACAGUAUCCAAAUGCCGUACGGAGAUGUGUUCAUCCACGCCGGAGACUUCACCGAGCUGGGACUGCCCUCUGAGGUCAAGAAGUUCAACGACUGGCUAGGUACCCUGCCCUACGACAUCAAGAUAGUAAUUGCCGGAAACCACGAGUUGACCUUUGACCAGGAGUUUAUGGCUGAUCUGAUCAAGCAGGACUUCUACUACUUCCCCUCUGCCUCCAAGUUGAAGCCAGAGAAUUACGAGAAUGUCCAGUCGUUGCUCACUAACUGCAUCUACCUGCAGGAUUCCGAGGUCACUGUGCGGGGCUUCAGGAUCUACGGCGCCCCUUGGCAGCCCUGGUACUACGGCUGGGGCUUCAACCUCCCGCGGGGUCAGGCUCUGCUGGACAAGUGGAACCAGAUCCCCGACAACACAGACAUCCUGGUCACACACUGCCCCCCACUGGGUUUCCUGGACUGGGUCCCGAAAAAGAUGCAGCGUGUGGGGUGCAUGGAGCUGCUCAACACAGUCCAGAGGAGAGUCCAACCCAAAUUACAUGUGUUCGGACACAUUCAUGAAGGUUACGGCAUGAUGACUGACGGCACCACGACGUUCGUCAACGCCUCAGCCUGCACUGUCAACUUCCUGCCCAUGAAUGCACCCAUCGUCUUCGACCUUCCAAACCCCCGGGCCACAUGACUAAAGCGGGAUUGCCCAAAAACACCUGCCGCCAACCAGGAGAUCUAGGUGAGGUUGGUUGACCAGAGCGGAGCAGGUUUCUGUAAAUAUUAUGAGGCAGCUGUGUGUUUAACACCACACAUACAGCAUGGUACAUGCCUGGAGACGGACAGGACUAAGUGAGGAACGCUUCCUCAUGCUAUUAAUGUUAUUUUCUCUGCCAUCAUUUCGUCAUCUCAACACUGAGUCUAAAAGCAGAUGGACAAGCGGAGAGACGCUUUUCAUGCGGACAUAUGAACAUUUCUUUGUCCUCUUUUACUGCACUGACAAUCUGAUGGGGGUCUCAGAGAGACAGGAGGCACCCAGACGUCCCUGUUGGCCUUUUUCACUUCCUUUAUAUGAACUGUAAAUCAUAAAGUGAAACCACCCAACACCUUGUCUACGUGACAGUUUUGGAUAAACCUUGACUCGACAGCAACGUAACAUUUGCCCAGAGGAUUUGUCACAGAACUUCUUCUCUCUUUCCACUUUUUAAACAUUACUUUCCUCAUUUCUUCCCACUUCUUUUCUGCCACUCUUAUCUUCCUCCUGUUAUGCUCCCCUCCUCUGGCCCGGAGCAUGAUGUGGUGUGUGUUUUUGCCAGUGUGUAUGUGUAUAUGUGAUCAAAUUGAGUGUGUGAGGGCAGCAAGAGGUCUCCGCCAGUGCCAGUGUGAGCGUCAGGGUAUCAAACAUUACACUGCUCCCCUGGGCCCCACUGCAGCCCCAAUAAGCCUCUGAACCGUCCAGGAGGAUGCAGAGGAAACCACAAGCAGCACUUUCCCUUUUUGGUCCUCUCCUCUCCUCUCCUCCUUCCAUGUAGCUCAAGUAUUCUUUUCUCCUCUUUUCUCCACUGCAAAAAGAUUUUAAAACAAGAUAA